CCAGAAUCGCAGUUAUUCACCAAUUGCUACGAUUGACGGACGGAUACAGUCGGGUGUCCGCCACGCUAAGAGCGACCUCGUUCGCUUGCGUCCGUUCAUUAUUUAGCCGUCGCGCGUCGCUAGCGACGUACGCGACAUCAUUCAUCAUAGAGUUAUGGCACUGUGAACCGAUAGUAUGAAUAAAACCGAAUCUUCAGUGGAAGCCGCUGUGCCCAGCGUGGCAAUAAACGUGGACCAAUAUGACGACCCGGACGAGGAAAGUUCAAAGCUUCUCCAUACUAACGCACCCACACCGAUCGUGACGCCCUCUGGACAAAUGCGCAAGGUGAAGAGCUUCAGCGAUACACACAGACUCCGAGAUGUGUCCACCGCUUCAGGUGCAGCAUCAGCCAGAUGCCUGCGCCCCUAUGAGCAGGUGACCCCAUACCCCGAAGGAUCCGAGUGUGGAACAAACCAAUAUGGAGCACCUUCAGUCAGAUCUCUUGCAUCAAUCGGGAUGGGAUGCACGGAUGGGCGUAAAUUGGUUAUUAGAAGAGUGCCGACUUCGCCUACGGAACUGUUUCAUUUAGUGCGACCUCCUACGCCGCCGGAUGAAGACACGGGGUCUCACGAAAGCGAUUGCGAUGAGGAAGAGGAGGAUGCGGAAACGGACCACCUGAAACCCCGACGGCCAUUCUGGCCAAACAAGAUACAGUUCGUGCUAGCUUGUGUGGGCUACUCCGUCGGCUUGGGCAAUGUGUGGCGCUUCCCAUACCUCUGCUACAAAAGCGGAGGAGGUGCAUUCCUCAUCCCUUACUUCAUAAUACUCCUAGUUUGUGGCGUACCUAUGCUCUUUAUGGAGCUAGCGAUUGGACAGUACACUGCGCACGGACCAAUUGGAGCACUUUCGCAAAUAUGCCCUCUGUUUACAGGUGCUGGUAUCGCAAGCGUGGUGAUCUCGUUCUUAAUGUCGACAUAUUACGCAGUAAUAAUAGCCUGGGCAAUUUACUACUUCUUCACAUCGUUUAAAGCCGUAGUCCCGUGGGCUAACUGCAACAACCGAUGGAAUACUGCUCAAUGCUGGCAACCUAUUCAUAAUCUUACCAAGCCAAACGGAUCUCAAACGGCCACUGAACAAUUCUUCGAGAAAAAGGUAUUAAGCAUGAGUGAUGGUAUCGAAUAUCCCGGUGGCAUGCGGUGGGAGUUGGCAGCUUGCUUAUUCUGUGCUUGGUUGUUAGUGUACUUCGCCCUGUGGAAAAGUAUCAAAUCUUCGGCUAAAGUGCGGUACAUCACAACAACACUUCCAUUUCUGCUGAUUAUAGUAUUUCUUGGCCGAUCGCUCACCCUCGAUGGCGCCGACAAAGGAUUAAGAUUUUUCUUCAAACCGGAAUGGGAAUUGUUAAAGACAUCAAGGCCGUGGGUUAACGCGGCGUCGCAGAUCUUCAAUUCGAUUGGAAUAGCUUUUGGAUCGAUGAUAAUGUUCGCCUCAUAUAACAAAUUUGACAACAAUUUCUUGCACGACACUUUGGCAGUAUCUCUCGUCAAUGCCGUCACUAGUCUGAUCGUGGGGAUAUUUACCUUUGCUACGAUUGGAAACAUAGCUUUCGAACAGAACACUUCUGUAAAGGAUGUCAUAGCUGACAGUCCCGGUUUACUGUUCGUCGUAUAUCCACAAGCAAUAGCAAAGAUGCCUGCAUCGCAACUUUGGGCAGUCUUAUUCUUCUUUAUGUUCCUCUGCCUAGGAUUAAACAGCCAGUUUGCCAUAGUGGAAGUCGUAGUAACUUCAAUUCAAGAUGGUUUUCCAGAUAUGAUACGGAAGAAGCUUGUCUACCACGAACUGUUGGUACUAUGUGUCUGUGUGGUAUCAUUUCUAUGUGGGUUACCACACAUCAUACACAGUGGCAUCUACGUAUUCCAACUAAUGGAUUAUUACGCUGCCUCGCUCAGUAUCACAUAUCUCGCCUUCUUUGAAGUGGUUGCCAUAGCAUGGUUUUAUGGCGCCGGCAAACUGUCCCAGAACAUCAAGCAAAUGACAGGUCGCUACCCAUCGCUAUACUUCCGAAUAUGUUGGUUAAUUGCGGCGCCAGCACUGCUCCUGGCGCUAUGGGUCGCUAGCCUGGUGGACUACACGCCGCCCAGUUACCGCCAGUACCAAUACCCUGGGUGGGCGCAGGGUCUCGGCUGGGUCAUCGCGUCUCUUUCGCUAUUGUGCAUACCAGUUUAUGCAUGCUUUGUCGUCGCAAGAGCGCCAGGAAAAACAAUAUUAGAGAAAUUGCGGUAUUCCAUCCGUCCUAACUCAGUGUGCGAGUGUGGAGUGAACGAGUGUGACGUGUGCGGUUCCGACUCCGAGCCGCCCGACGACAAACAGCCCACCAUUACCUAUUACCAACAACCAUCGUAUCCUAAGUAUAAUAAAUCAAAAUUAAGUAGAUAGUGUUCAUCACAGUCUGUUAGCUGCGAUUAACGGGGGAUAUGCCCAAGAUUAUUUAUGGAAACGUGCAUGAGAUGUCGGAGUAGAAAUUAAAAUAAAAGUAGGUGGGGUAACUGAACUCCAGUCUCCUACAAUUUUAUAUUUAUAAAUAACACAAAGCACUGUCAGUCGUCGUGAUUGUUAGCUUACUCUGUUUCUAUGUAAUUUUUAACGCCAUUUGAAAUGGUUACUUAAAUACAUAAAGUACGAUCUAUAGAAAAUACCACGUUUCGACCUGGGCAUAGUCUCACCAUUAAGAGCCGACGUGUGUUAAAUACAAAAAAGUUUUGAACGUAGGUAAGUAGUAGAUAUAAAAGAAACAAAGACAAUAAUAGAAUAAGUUAUUUUCCGCGCUAUCAUUAUCUUCUUUAUUUAUAAUGAAAUGAACGUAGAGGCACUUGACCUAAUACUGCUAUCACGUUUAGCAGUGACACAAUUUUCUUAGCACUCGAGACAUGUGGUGCGAACCGCCUACCGUACGGUCAAGUUAACGCUAAUCACUCAUUCUACUGAUUAAAUCGAGAUAACAACGUGAGUUGUGUACCUAAGUCAAGCAGUUGCGUUUAAUAUUAAAAUGUAUUGUUCUCAUAGUUCUCAGGCUAAAGUCGAUUGUUAAGGUCAUUCAAUAAGAAAAUAUCGAGUUGUAAAAUGUUAUGGUAUUUCAAAACAAAGAUCAUAACUAACUUAUGUAACAUUCCAAAUUGCUGUGAAUCAAUGUUAAUUGCUAUUAUAAGUUCAAAGUUAAGUAAUUUAUUGUGAUAAAAAACAUUCCAUGUGUUAUAAGUUUCCUGUUAUGAAAAUGAUAUGAGUGAUGUGGCGAAUUAAGGUGCAGUAAGCUUAGUCCUCCGAACGCAGCUCGCUAAGCACUGAGCGGACAGCGGUGCGUGCCCGGGAUAGCGAAAAUCAUAGUUUUUUUUAGUUAUUUUUAACAAAAGAAGUAAUAGAUGACUACGAUAAUCAAUAACGUUACCCCAUUUUUAGAAGCAAUUUACAGUUAAUAGCUUAAGUAUGUGAAAAAGAUUUUCAAAUGUGCAUUUUAGAAUUAUGUUCGUGAUUUUUUUCUAUCGUGCGAAAUUUGUUUAGUCAGGUUUCCAAUCGAUGAAGUUAGUAGAGAAAGGCCUCAAGAUUGCUAUUCAUAUAUUUGGCGACCAUAUUAUGAUCUAAAGAAGCGCUACGAUUUUUCAAAAAUUAUACUGACUGAACCCUCUGCACCUUAAAGUUAAAAUUAGUUGUAGAAAGUCUUACAGACUGGUUCAAGUAUUUAUUAUAACUGCUAAGUAAAAAAUGGUUGUGUUGAUCGAUUAUAUAUUAUCGAUAAAAAAAUUGUAGAAAUUUACUUGAUGAUUCACUAUACAAAAAAGUUAAAAAAAAAUGCUUAUUGUGUUUUUGAGGUGUAUGAUAAUAGAGAGCACCCUUUGUAUUCCACGAUUGAAAAGUACUUGUACUAAUUUAGGCCUGGCCUGUGCCCUAAUCACAUAAUUUAGGCCUACCCUGUGCCCUAAUCACAUAAUUGUCAGAUAGAUUCUAAUCCCCUUUUGUCAGAUGCAAAUUUCAAGUUCAAGGUGGUUCCUUUACAUGCUUUUGCUCAUAAGGUACACUGCCCAUAUCAUGCCCAGUUACUAUUUACUGCAGAUUUUAUCACGAACAAUUAUAAGUAUUAAGGUUAUGAUCUACUUUUUUUUAAUAAAUAUAAAUUUACCUAUUACAAGUCCUAAAGCCCAAUUAGGGUAAUUCGCCAGUAACUGGCCACUGUUAGUAAUUGGCCACCCUAAACUAAAAAUGAAUUCUAUUUACCUAUAAACAGAAUUCAUUUUAGUAUAAGGUUUCAAUAAUUGGCCAGCCUUCAAUAACUAGCCGCCUUAUACUAAAAUGAAUUCUGUUUAUUGGUGAAUAGAAUUCAGUUUUAGUUUAGGGCGGCCAAUUACUAACAGUGGCCAGUUACUGGCGAAUAACCCUAUAUAAAUUUAAUGUAAUUGUUUAAGCAUUUACCUCAAAUGAAACAAUACUACAAAUCGAAAGUACAAUACAGAUACUUUACUUGAAGAUGAGAUUAUAAUGUAUGUAUUACAACAUGAAGCUAUGUAAAUAUUUAGGGAUGUAAAUAUUUAAGUUGCUUAUGAGAUGUUACCAAUGUUAGUGGUAUAAGAAAUAAUACCAAGAAUACUGAAAA